UUGGGCACUACCAAAUCCGUAAUUCUCAUGACAUUGACCAUUUCCUCCUUUCUCUUCACAAUUUCUGAGCAAUAUUCCAAUUGCAGCCCCAUCAAUCCCAUGAACAUUACCAACUGCAAGAAACUAAUCACUCUGGGAGCUGAAUUUGGGUGGAACAUUCACAGCAACAACCAAAUUGAUAUCUUGCUCAGCAUUAAAAUUUCUGGUGAUGACAGAGCAAAAUGGCUAGCCUGGGGUGUGAACCCAGGUCCACACCGGCCGAAGAUGGUCGGGACCAGGGCUAUUAUAGGCAUUUCACAGCCCAAUGGGACUUUGGCAGUCAGGAAGUACAACAUCACCAGUGAUACAAGGCUAGGUUGUAGGCUGCAGCCUUCACAAGAUUUUGAUGAUGUCAUCGUCAAAACCAUGAAAGGUGAUGUGCAGGCUGAUAAAUACAUGUCAAUAUUUGCAACCCUAAUUUUGCCUCCUGAUCCAGCUGCAUAUAACAUUUCAAAGCUGAACCAUGUCUGGCAAGUUGGGUUUGAAGCUGAUGAUGUUCAUCUGGAGCCUAAGAUGCAUUCCACUGCUCUCCAGAAUGUGGACAGCACAGAAACUCUAAACUUGACCUCUGCCCGCGGUAUUAGCAUAGGACAUCGCCGGCACCACCUCAGAAAGGUGCAUGGGAUUCUGAAUAUUGUGGGGUGGGGAACACUGUUGCCAUUGGGAGUGAUUAUAGCAAGGUACUACAGAAGAUAUCCUUUUCAUUGUCAAAAAUGGUAUGUCCUUCACGUCUCCUGCCAGAUUGUUGGUUACAGCCUGGGCACAACUGGUUGGGCAAUCGGGCUAUGGCUUGGACAUGCUUCCAGACACUAUAGCUUCCCCACUCACCGAAUUCUCGCCAUGUUCAUAUUUGCAUUCACCACGUUACAAAUGCUUGCCUUGCGUUUAAAGCCCACCCCAAGUGAUGACUACCGCAAGUACUGGGACAUGUACCAUCAUUUUCUAGGGUAUGCACUGCUGGCUGUGAUCUCAGUGAACAUAUUCAAUGGCAUUGCCAUCUUGAAGCCAGAUAAAACCUGGCUAUGGGCUUACAUCGGGGUCCUUUCUGUAUUUGCUGUCAUUGCGUUGGGUAUGGAGAUUUUCACUUGGGGUAAGUUCAUAUUUACAUCACGAAAAAAUAGACAAGCACCCAUCAGAGCACUAUCUGCAGAUAAUAAUGCAGAAGCACCUCAAGCGGGGCAGGGCCCACAAGCCAAUUAACA